AGAUCGACGGUGAGAGGAGGCCACGCCCGCAAUCGUAAGGUAGCAGCCGCCCGCCCCCGCUAGCAAAUGGUCCUAGCAAAUGCAAUGUGGCCUGCUCAUGCUUGCAAGCACGCCCUCCCGAAGUCCAGGAAACGUAAUCUGUGCGAAGUCCGCCUGCAUUCUAUUGCGCUUCGUGUCUGCAAUUGUUUUUGAAGACAGCGGCAACAUCAGGUAACACAGGAUGUCUUCUGGCCCACCGCCUGACAUUGUGGACACUGCUGCGUCCGACAAGGAUCUUGACACCGACCAUCUUCAGAAAUGUGCCCGGAUUUGGUUGGAAGGCCUGCUGAAGGAGUCGUUGGACCCCGACAAAACGCUCCUGGAGGUGCUGCAGGAUGGGGAGAUACUGUUACGCGUUGCAAGGGGCUUGAAGACAGCAAAGGCCUCUGGGCCAGAGGCGGCGAGAGCUUCGUAUGCCAAGAAGGGCGCCAACUCACGCUCGUCACAGAAGCUUUCUUAUCUAGCUUACAACAAUGUAGAGUAUUUUCUGAAUUUCUGCCGUGAGGUCGGCCUGAACGACAUCCACCUGUUCUCCCCCUCGGACCUGGUAGAGAGCAAGGACGUGCGCCGGGUCUGCGUCUGCCUGCGCAUGCUAUCCAGCAAGGUCAAAGAUGCAGUGGCGGUGUCGUUCGAGGACGUGGAGAGCCUGCAGAAGAUGCGGCGGCGGCCGUCUACCAAAGUGGGCGACAUCCUCGAGACCUUCCAGCCCCGGCGACCCACCGAGGAUGCCGCAGUCUCGGAGCCCCCCGCCAAGGCAAACGGAGUUUCUUCGCGGCGAGAUAGCUUAAGUGGUACCUCUCGGCUACCAGAUUCUGACUCGUCAAAAGCCAAUAGAUCGGACGACUUGGGUUUCCCGCUGUGGGCUCCUGUGGCGGCAGGACUGCUGGCGGUGGUGGGAAUCUUCCUUGCGAGGAGGGCAGGGAAGAAAAAGCCGGCCAAAACUCCAUUGCCGUUGUCAGAGUACGAGAUCCAAAAAGGGGAUACAUUGAUACACAUAUCGGGACGGGUUGGGAAGGCCCACUGGGAAGACCUUGUGAAGUUGAACCCGACAAUCGAAAACCCAGAUUUGAUCUACCCAAAAGACAAGUUAAAGCUAUAGCGCAACUGGCAAUGUGCAUUUGUUGGUGUUGGGAGGUCAGCAUAUUGUGGUCAGCGCUUGUCAAAGUCAUGGCGUCCUUAUUCAAGGCUGUGUUUGGAUCGCACCUGUCAGCCGGAUUCGAACCAAUAAGAAGUGUUUUACUUGAUCUUUGAUUCGUUCACCUGUGCAAGCUUCCUAUAUCUGC